AUGGUCUUCGGAGUAGGAUUGCUGGUCAAUGCGAUCCUUAUAGCCAUCCCCGUUGGGGGAAGUGUUGGAGCUCUCAUGGGCCUUGAUGCCCAUCGAGCCGCUACGGGUCAGAAACCUUUAUUCACCGGGGACAAUGACGAUGGCAUCAACUCCGGGAACGGCGGCGGCGGCGGCAGCGACAGUACUGGCGGCGGCGGUGGCGGUCAUCCCACUGUCACGGACAACGGCGUGCAACAUACCCAAUACUGCGAUUUGUCUUGGGGAAUCACCCCACCGUCGAAAACCGAACAAUACACCCUGAAUCCCAAUCAAUGGGGUGUGAAAUCAGACUCGACAGGAAAUGGACUCUGCAUGAAUGUCACGACGUUUGUCAACCAGACUUAUCCCGCCCAAACCGCCCCCGAGUUCUCUAUCACCUGGCAAUUUGACCAUGGUCCUCAGACUAUGCCCGUCCACGGAUACCCUAAUAUCCGUGUCGACGACGUCUUGCCAAAGGAGAUGGACAAGGUCUCAGAGUUAAAUAUUGACCUGCAUUGGACAUACGGAGUGGGUGAUGAGACCGCCGCAUCAACGGAUAUAGACGCGUUGGAGAAAGAACACCUUGCCACGAACGUCGCCAUUGAUAUGUUCUUGGAUGCCGAUGCCGACAAAGCCAAAAAUGCAUCUGAAGCGAAAUUCGAGGUCAUGGUUUGGUUCUGGAUGUCAAACAUAGAGGCCCAGCCCCAUGGUUGGGGGAAUCCGGGACAAAACAAGACCUUGGGAGGAACAACAUUCACGCUUUACACCGGUGAAAAUGACAACGGACAGAAGGUUUUGUCCUGGGUCCCGGAACUGAUCGUUGAGCGGUUCACUGGAGACAUUUAUCCUCUCAUCACCGAUCUGUACAACUUGGAAGGAGAUGACUACCCAAAUAAGAAUGACUACCUUGGCAGUCUCAGUUUCGGAACAGAAGUCUACUCUGUGGACAACAAUGUCACAUUCUGGGCCGAGCAGUACAAGAUCGACAUCAAGAGUUGA